AUGAAAUAUACGACAGAGUUAAUGACUGUUAAUGAAAAUCCUACCAUAGAAAAGAUUACAAAAACGUUCAAGUCCUUACGUGCGAUACUUACGAAGCAUGAGAACGAGCUGAAAGAAAAGAUUUGUACUAUUGAAAAACGAAAUAAAGAUCUUGUUGAAAUUUUCCAAAAUGAACUGAGACGCAAACAAGAAGAGCUAAGCAAACGGAAUAAAGACUUUGAAGGUAUUAUUUCGGUCAAAGAUUAUACAAAAUUAUUACAAGAUCAUCAAAAUUCAGUCAAUUAUUUAAUGAUGACCACACAAGAAUUAAGCGCACAUAAAUAUCCUUUAACAACAAAAUAUCGUAUUGACGAAAUACAAGAGUUGCAACGAACUGUUGCUGAUACUACUCAGCGAGUGCACAUCUAUGAAUGGCAAGAGGGUAAUGUGAAAUGUAUAAUAUCUGAUAUGUCUGUAACAGAGAAAGUGAACAUUCAUUUUUUUCAAGUUUUCAAAUUCGAUCAAGAUUCCGUUUUAUUUAUCAGUGUUACAGAAAAAACUUGUUUUCUCGCUCACUAUCAUUUGGAAAAUUAUAGUUAUUCCAUAGUGUGGCUUAUUCUUUGUUGA